UGCUUCCUAGUUAGAUAAAGUUCCUUUUAGAUAACUGGUGUUAGGUUGGAAGAAACCACCCAAGUGUUACCUUUGGUAAAGCGAACUGAGUUUAAGAUUAAGACACUGGUUUUUAACAGACCCUUUGGUCUCUGGAGCUAAUUCAAAUGUAACUCUCCCCACCCCUUUCUCUUCCAGAUCAAUUAAAAGAAGAAUGAACUGUAAUCCUUGAAGAUAAACUGGGCAACUUUUUUUAAUUUAGUAUAUAUAUAUUUAAUCACAAAAGUUCAGGUGGAGUCAGGCUCCUACUUGUGUGGAGAUUUAGACAAGUCUUCAAUUUGUCAGCACAGAGCAGCAGCAGACCACCAUUUUCAGUGAAAGAUACUUGCCUCUUCUUUUUUGGUGUUUUUGGCAAAAAUUAAAUCCAUUGCAUCAUUGUAACUCAUGUUUGGGUGUAGUUUCAGGAUACAGUCAUGGCAUAAACUUUCCACAUGCUUUGUUUAAAAACCAAAACCAACCAAACUCAACCAUUACACCAAACUUUGGACUUCUUGCGUUGGCGUUGAGGAAUUAGCUUUAUUUUAAUACAAAUAUCUGAAGUACUCAAGAAAUCAAGAAUUUUCUCAGAAGCGUGCUUAUGAUUAUAUUCUUUGUUAUUAGAAGCAAAUUGAGAAGUUUUGUAGCAUUUUCAGUUAUAUCCUAAGGUACAGCUAAACCAAAACAGAGUUGUACAGUCUAUUGAGUAAGAAAAUUCAUCCUUACAAACUAAACAUUUCUAAGUGAGUCAGAAGUAUUUGUAUACAUUACCCUUUUCUCUUCAAAUUAGGAACUGAGAACAACAUGCCAAUUGCAGACUUAAUCAUUUAAAACGCCAGCGGGGCCAUGGAAAACCUCCAGUCUAAUUUCUCCUUAGUUCAGGGUUCCAAUAAAAAGCAGAACGGGAUGGAGGAUGAUGGUAGUCCUCCUAUGAAAAAAAUGAUGACAGACAUUCAUGUCAGUGGGAAGACACUGACCAAGGUGAAGACGGAGCAUUUGGAUGACUACGGAGAUGCAUCCGUGGAGCCGGAUGGCGAGCACGCUAAGCGAAACCGUACUUCUCUACCUGAGAGUUUAAAUUUAAACCCCAGUCUGAAACACACAUUGGCACAAUUCCAUCUAAGCAGUCAGAGCUCUUUGGGUGGACCAGCAGCGUUUUCUGCUCGAUAUUCCCAAGAAAGCAUGUCACCAACGGUAUUCCUGCCUCUUCCAUCUCCUCAGGUUCUUCCUGGUCCUCUUCUCAUUCCUUCUGAUAGCUCUACAGAGCUCACUCAGACUGUUUUGGAAGGGGAGUCUAUUUCUUGUUUUCAAGUUGGAGGAGAAAAGAGACUCUGUUUGCCCCAAGUCUUAAAUUCUGUUCUCCGAGAAUUUUCACUCCAGCAAAUAAACACAGUAUGUGAUGAGCUAUACAUCUAUUGUUCAAGGUGUACUUCAGACCAGCUUCACAUCUUAAAGGUCUUAGGAAUACUUCCAUUCAAUGCCCCAUCCUGCGGGCUAAUCACAUUGACUGAUGCACAAAGACUCUGUAAUGCUCUACUUCGGCCACGAACUUUUCCUCAAAAUGGUAGCAUACUUCCUGCCAAAAGCUCUUUGGCCCAGUUAAAGGAAACUGGCAGUGCCUUUGAAGUGGAGCAUGAAUGCUUGGGCAAAUGUCAGGGUCUCUUUGCACCUCAGUUUUAUGUUCAGCCUGAUGCUCCCUGUAUCCAGUGUCUGGAGUGCUGUGGGAUGUUUGCUCCUCAGACGUUUGUCAUGCAUUCACACAGAUCCCCUGACAAGAGAACUUGCCAUUGGGGCUUUGAGUCAGCCAAGUGGCACUGUUACCUUCAUGUGAACCAAAAAUACCUAGGGACACCUGAAGAAAAGAAACUGAAGAUAAUCUUAGAAGAAAUGAAGGAGAAGUUUAGCAUGCGAAAUGGAAAGAGAAUCCAGUCAAAGACAGAUACACCAUCAGGAAUGGAAUUGCCAUCCUGGUAUCCUGUUAUAAAACAGGAAGGUGACCAUGUUCCUCAAACGCAUUCAUUUUUACACCCCAGCUACUACUUGUACAUGUGUGACAAAGUGGUCGCACCGAAUGUGUCGCUCACGUCUGCUGCAUCCCAGUCUAAAGAGGUCACCAAGGCAGAGACAAGUAAGUCCAUCUCCAGACAGUCAGGAAAGCCUCAUGGUAGUAGUAAGCAUGAGAAAACAGUGUCUUACCCAGACGUCUCACUCGAGGAGCAGGAGAAAAUGGAUUUAAAAACCAGUAGAGAAUUAUACAGUCGUUUAGAUUCAUCGAUCUCAAAUAAUUCUACAAGUAAAAAGAAAUCUGAGUCUACUGUUUGCAACUUAGUACGAGACGUCAGCAAGUGUGAUUCUGAGGCUUCCUCUCCACUUCUGGUCAGAGAUGUUACUUGUGAAGACGACAAGGGAAAGAUCAUGGAAGAUGUGAUGAGAACCUAUGUAAGACAGCAGGAGAAGCUGAACUCGAUUCUGCAGAAGAAGCAGCAGCUGCAGAUGGAAGUGGAGAUGCUGAGCAGUUCAAAGGCGAUGAAGGAGCUCACUGAAGAGCAGCAGAAUCUACAGAAAGAGCUUGAGUCUUUGCAGAAUGAACAUGCUCAGAGGAUGGAGGAAUUUUAUAUUGAACAGAGAGACUUAGAGAAAAAGUUGGAGCAGGUGAUGAAGCAGAAAUGCACCUGUGAUUCAAACUUAGAGAAAGACAAAGAGGCUGAAUAUGCAGCCCAGCUGGCAGAACUGAGGCAAAGGCUAGACCAUGCUGAGGCAGACAGGCAAGAACUCCAAGAUGAACUCAGACAGGAGCGAGAGGCGAGACAGAAGCUCGAGAUGAUGAUAAAGGAGCUGAAGUUGCAGAUCGUGAAAUCGUCAAAAAGCUCCAAGGAAUAGGAGCUGAAGAAGAGACGUACCUGGAUUUGGGUGGCAGGUCUUCAUGUUUGUCGCUUGCUUUGAAAAUUGAAUUCUAACAUCUUAUUUGCAUGAAGGUAGCUAGGUAUUCUGUUUGUUUGUAGGGCAGCAAAAGUGAAGAAUAUAUAUUAAUACAAAUUUUUCCAUUUCCAAAUGAAUGAAAAUGUAUGCUUCUUUGUACUUUUUCCAGUCAGCUUGGUAAUAUUAACCUAUGUAAUUUGAACCUGUAGUUAGUCAGUCUACCUGUAUUUCUAAGAGUUACAUACUUUCCAAAGCUGCAUUAUGUGGUGGAAAGUACCGGUGUCAAUUUUGUUAUGCAUUAUUUUAGGCUCGACUUUAGAUAUAGAGGUAACGUUUAUGAUACAAAGCUACUCACUCUGUAGCCUUCUCAUUGCAGAAUCUCGGGACUUUUAUACACUGAGCCUGUUGUUACUUUUGUUCAGGUUGUAGAAUGAGUUUCUCCUGGUUUCCUCCUAGAGGAAUUGUACUGAUGAAAUGAUAGUACCACUUCCCCAACAUACAGUGGGGGGCAAGGAAGCACGCUUUGCUGUGCCCUGAUGCUGCACACAAGAAGCAGUUGUAAUUUGUCUUUCUGUUUAAGAGUGACUAUAUCUAGAUAUGUAUGUGUGUGAAACUUCAGAAAAUUAAAAUGAUUUCUGAACUUUUCCUGUUAAUAGUGGUGUGAAAGUAGUCAUUCGUGUUCACGAGGAAAAUGGAUUCCACUGAUGUACGUUGGUCCCUAUGUAACUCAUAAUCCUCUUGUACAGUUUUUAUAUGUAGUCUUAAGAAGGUCUUAUGAAAUUUAUAUAAUGGCUUUUUUCUUUUAAAUUGUAAAAUACUAAAUAUCUUGAAGGUUAUUUUGGACUUUUGUAUGUUAAAUGUUAUCUUAAAACUUGCACAAAUGGA